AGCUCAUCUCGUGCACUUCUAGGGUUUGGAACUAGCCAUGCUGGUAUCCACGGGCAUAGCCGUUGCUUUGCAGCAUGGCCUGAAUUACCACUUCGUCGCGCUCCAUGAGCUGCGAAACCAUGCGUGGAAGGUACCUGUGUCGGUACUUUCAUGGAAUCUCACGUGCAUGCAGGUCUACAACCUGUUUUUGGCGUUGUCGUUUUUGGCCGCGGCGUGCACCGUGGGGCGCCGCGGCGCCGAGUUCGCCGAGGGCGCGGGCCCAGAGCCGACGCAGGGCGAACCCGACCCGGAGCGCGCCGCGCUCGGCGACCGGCCAGCGCGCAACCCUGCGGCGCACCUGCUGCUGGUGUGCUCUACCUUCGUGAUGGCGCUCUCGUACUCGCGGAAGGCUCUGGGCUGGUGGCCCGAUGGCCCCGCAGGCAUGCAGGGCUCGUGCGCGGCGCGCGCGGUGGCGGCGCCGCUCCUCGCCGCCGGGCUCGGCCUCGCCAGCGGCAGAGGCUGCGUCUACUGCGCCCCCGCGGUCGCCGUCUCCGCCGCCACGUGGGCCCUCGCCUUCGCGUCGCUGGGGCCAGCGCGUCCCGUGGUCCACUGGGUGCUGUUCGCCUUUGCCGCGGUCAGCUUCUCGUUGUUCUGCCGCCUGGCCGAGAACAUGGCGAUGAAUCCGAGGUUGUCGAACACAGCGCAGGGCGCCAUGCGCUUACCCGUGGACUGCAUCAGUACGUUUGGCACUAUCCUGAUCUUUCAGAUGCUCGCGCAGGUGGGCAUCGGGUGGCUGAGCGAGGGUCGGCCCUCGAGGUGGGCAGGGCGUCCCCGUUGGAGCUGGAGUUGGCUCGCUGGCUGCUGACUCGUCGUGAGGCUAGAUCCGUCCUCAUCCUCCCGAUGAUCCUCAGGAGUCCGCUGCGGCCCCGCCGGUGCAGAGCAUCGGCUCGCAGGUGUUCGCUGGUUUCGCCGACGUCAUGCUCUUCGGUGG